AUGACUUGAUACGUUUGACGUCAGCUACAUGUCUCCACAGUGUGAAGCUAGCUAGCUACCUUUAACGCUGCAUGAUAAACACUGUAGAAGGCGCUAAUAUCCGCUAGCUUCAUCUAUUAGGCUAAAUUAAACGUUAGUAACAGUUGCCGCAUAACAUCUGGGAUGUUUCUGACAUAUGCUCUUGACUGCACAUGACUUGGCCUUCACGGAGACCUAGCUGGGCGAAUAACUGAAUUUUGUAUAAUUACUGUUAAUUAUGUUAGUCUUCAUUGCUAACACCUUGCCUGAAGGCGCUCUUUGCUCUUAAUUCUAAAAAGGCCUCCCACGUGUUUUUAUGGGGAGGGGUGGUCUUGGGGGGGGGCGUAUGACUUGUUGAAAGCGUCAACAUGAGCUGCUGUCAAAUUGUGUCUUUAAUGGGGUAACGUUAAGAGAUUUUGCAGGUUAGUGUUCAAGACCUGUGAUAGUUUUCUUACUUUUUGUAGGCAGAAAACUCUAUAUUAGAGUUCAGUUGGACAGGACGAAGACAAACAGGAGACCAGGAAGAGAAAUAAUAGUGUGGUCAUGGCCUACUCCAACUACAACAGUCUGAGCAGGGCUCAGCUUACCUUUGAGUACCUACACACAAAUUCGACAACCCACGAGUUCUUAUUUGGAGCCUUAGCAGAGCUUGUGGACAAUUCAAGAGAUGCCAGUGCCACACGAAUAGACAUCUACACAGAAAAAAGACCAGAGCUGCGGGGCGGCUACAUGCUCUGUUUCCUGGAUGACGGUAUUGGAAUGGAUCCAAAUGAGGCAACCCAUGUUAUUCAGUUUGGAAAGUCAAACAAACGGUCCCCUGAGUCAACUCAGAUAGGCCAGUAUGGAAACGGACUUAAAUCCGGCUCAAUGCGUAUUGGAAAAGACUUCAUCUUGUUCACAAAAAAAGACAACGCGCUUACUUGCCUUUUCCUUUCGAGGACUUUCCACGAAGAGGAGGGACUGGAUGAGGUCAUAGUUCCCCUCCCCUCCUGGGAUCUGAAGACCAAGGAGCCACUGACCUCUGACCCAGAGAAGUACGCCAUAGAGACAGAGCUGAUCUUCAAAUACUCGCCUUUUAAAAAUGAACAGCAGCUGAUGGAGCAGUUCAAUAAAAUAGAAAGUAGCAGCGGCACUCUUGUGAUCAUCUAUAAUCUGAAGCUGAUGGACAACAGAGAACCAGAGCUGGAUGUAGAGACAGAUCACCAGGACAUACUGAUGGCUGGGACACCUGCUGAAGGAGUGAAGCCAGAGAAGAGGUCGUUCAGAGCGUACGCUGCUGUUUUGUACAUUGACCCACGCAUGAGGAUUUUUAUCCAGGGACAUAAAGUCAGGACCAAGAGACUGUCCUGUUGUCUAUAUAAACCAAGGGUUUACAAAUACUCAUCGACUCGUUUCAAAACUCGUGCUGAGCAAGAAGUAAAGAAAGCAGAUCACCUUGCUAAGAUUGCGGAAGAAAAAGCCAGAGAGGCAGAGAGUAAGCGCAUAGCUCUGGAGGCCAGGUUAGGCGAGGACCUGUCAAAAGAUUCACGGGCAAUAUUGAGAAAAGUUCAAGACUCAGCCAUGAUGCUGAAACGGGAUGCUGACAUGAAGAAAAGGAUUCUCGAAGCCAAACAAAAAGCUUUAAAGGAGCCCAAGGAGUUGAAUUUUAUAUUCGGAGUGAACAUUGAACAGAGGGACCUGGAUGGGAUGUUUGUGUACAACUGCUCUCGUCUCAUCAAGAUGUAUGAGAAGACGGGGCCCCAGCUGGAGGGAGGCAUGGCCUGUGGAGGUGUGGUGGGAGUAGUGGACGUCCCAUAUUUAGUUCUAGAGCCUACUCACAACAAACAGGACUUUGCAGACGCCAAGGAGUAUCGACAUUUACUGAAAUCCAUGGGGGAACAUUUAGCUCAGUACUGGAAGGAUACUAACAUUGCUCAGAAAGGCAUUGUGAAGUUCUGGGAUGAGUUUGGAUAUCUGUCUGCCAGCUGGUCUGCACCUCCGUCAUCAGAGCCGAGAUACAAGAGACGUCGUGCCAUGGAAAUACCACUUACUAUUCAGUGUGAUAAAUGUUUAAAGUGGAGAACGUUGCCAUUCCAGAUGGACGCUGUGGACAAACGCUACCCAGACAGUUGGGUGUGUCUCAUGAACCCUGAUGGCAGCCAGGACAGGUGUGAAGCACCUGAGCAGAAACAGAAUUUGCCAUGUGGAGUCCUGAAGAAAGACAAACAGACAGCUGAAGACAAACAGAAAGAGCUGGCAGAGAAAAUCAAACAGCAGCAGGAGAAACUAGAGGCCUUGCAGAAAACCAGCACCGUCAAAUCUGCAGCAGAUGUAAAGAAACUACCACUGGAGGUCAGCAUGAAACCACCAGAGAGCUCCUCUCAGACGACUAGGUCCACUGCACGUCCCCGCUCCCCGCCACUCCCUGCUCACCUCAAAAAUGCCCCGAGUGUCCCAGCAUCUCGUGCAGCUUCUCAGCGGCCCACCCGAACGCUUGCCCCUCCGCCACCCAGAGUCGAACCGUCCAGGUCCAGAGCUGCAGCAAAGCCUCUGCAACCUGCAGCAAAGCCUGCACCCAAAGCUACUGCCAAAACACGGGGCAGCUCACGGACACCUGCCAAGGCAUCAACGGCCAAAACAGCAGCAGCUGGACCACGCAAGCGAACCCUAGAGCAGGAGGACAGUGAGGAGGAGGAAGAGGAGGAGGAGGAGGAGGAGGACGACAGUGAGGAGGAGAGUGAAGAUGAAACACCACAGACAAAGAAAUCCAAGAUGGCUGCUGCAGUUGGUAACCGUGGGAAGGUGAUAGAGAAGGCCACACCUCCCAAACGUGGCAAGUUGGACGAGGUCAACACAUGCUCACAGCCUGAGAAGAAACUUUCUGCUCCUACACGGCAGACACCAGCCACACCAACCUCUGUUCUCAAAUCCGUUCCCAUGCAACAGCAUGGGACUAAAGCUAAGUUAUCUGAGAAGUCCCCACAGCAGGAGCCAGAGAACGACACUAAAAACGCCCAGAAAGAUAAGGGUCUACUGGUUGAAGUACGUGUCAACAAGGAGUGGUACACGGGCAAAGUUAUUGCAGUGGAGGCAAAUAAACAGAGUGUUCGUUGGAAAGUGAAGUUUGAUUAUGUGCCUCGAUCCACCCCGAAAGACAGAUGGGUGUUUAAGGGCAGUGAUGAAGUCCGGUUGAUGCGGCCGCCUUCCCCAAUCACUCAGACACCUGACACCCAGCAGGAGGCUGAGAAGGGGCCAGCACCCAUGGAGCCAGACACCACUCAACCAGGGACCAGUCGAGAAGUGACUGACAGUCUGGUCGCCAUGUUAAGGACAAUGCUGCGUUACUUCUUCCCUCCUGCCUUUCGGAUCCCAAAGGACGACGUUAACAGCAUGACAGCUGAGGAGUUGGUGGCCUUUCCUUUGAAAGAAUAUUUCCAGCAGUAUGAAUCAGGUCUCCAGUCGUUGUGUAACUCGUACCAGAGCAGAGCUGAUGCCAGGGCCAGAGCUGUGGAAGAGAAGAGCAACAGCACUGAGAUCAAACUGAAAGAGGCAGAUGAGAAACUACAGAAACUACGAACCAACAUUGUGGCACUGCUGCAAAAAGUACAAGAGGAUAUCGACAUAAACACAGAUGAUGAGCUUGAUGCCUACAUAGAAGACCUCCUUACCAAGGGGGAUUGAGGAUGAUAUAGAAGAGAGGACAUGCACAUAAGCAGACUGUUUUAAUUCCAGCCAUUGCUUGCUGACGGCUCCCCCAGGACUCAUGCUCAUGUGCAGGCAUGGCUGUGAAUACAUUGAAAUAUUUUCUAUUGUUGAUCCCUCCACUCAUUAAAUCUGGUUGUCAUAAUUUUUAUUUUGUUUGGUCCAGUGUCAGUGAGCAUUUAGUGAGCCUCGGUGCGAUUUGUUUUUUUUUAAUUUAGUUUGCGCAGAAUCCCUGGUGUUUCUACAUUUUUGGGUAGCCUUCUAGCCUGUGGUUUCCUCUUUAGACCUUUUCAUACACCUGCUUAUAUAUAUGUUAAUCUAUGUUUAAGACAACCUAUCCUGAUUUACCUUUGAAAUACUUUGUGUAGGUCUAUGACAAUAUAAGCUCUACUCACAUAGUAAGCUAAUGCUGUGACAAAGUGCAUACAUUUGUUCCUAAUACUGGUCUAUCGUCGGGUGAGUAUGAGACACACCAAGUGACUCAAGGCUCGACUGGAGAGUGCUCGGCCCUGCAGCCUGUACUUAAACAUUAACUUUUAUUUUUCUACACUAAAAACACUUCAGUGUUAACCAUUAUCUUCUUCCAUCCUGGUCUGAGAGCAAACCAGGUUAUUUUAUGGUUGGGUGGUGCUUAACACCCACAAAAAAUAACUACUUACUGGGUUUUAUCAGUAUGAUUAUUCACUUAUUUCCCUUCUCGAUUUAAGCUAUUACUGUUCUGUGUUUAUUUUUUUGGAAGGAAAAAAGUUUCAUUUAAUCAAAAAAGUUGCUGUGUUCAUACUUAUUUUGUGCCUGUGCUCUUCCUUUUGAACAUAUUUUUAACAUGUCAUUGAAAUGUUUUAUUAAAUGGUGCAUGCUUUGUCUUUCUGUUCUGAUUGGAACAAAAGAUUCUGUAUUUUUGACAAAUCUUUACUGAGAACAAUAAAACAGGUUCAGCAA